GACAAGCAAUAAAAUCUCCAAAAGACAACAUAAGGGAUAUAGUUGCCUUGAAUGAAUAGUAAACAAGGAUAAACAAUGCACAUGAUUAAUGUAAAUAUUAAUAUCAAAUUAUACUGGGUACCUACAAGUUCAAACACAUUAAGUAUUACAACAAUUAAUAAGAAACAUUACGAUUAUCAUCCAUCGUACGACAAUAAUUAGUUAAUAGUGUAUGAUUAGGUAAUAUUAUAAUUAAAUAAUGAUUUUCCAAUCAUGACUCGAAACAAUAUAUAAGACUUCAUGAGUUGGUUGCUCUUAGUCGUUUUGUGGGUCGCUGUGAUUGAUAACAUGAUAAAACAUUUGUUACAAAACUGUGAUCAAGAUAGUUCUAGUAUGCAGAGUGUUGGUGAUUUCAUUACAAUGGAUUUUAAUAUGAAAAUGAUGGAUCGUCCCCAGCAUCAUAGCCCCAAAAAAGUGAAAAGGUUUAGAAGUGCAUUUACAACGGAUCAAGUUAAUUAUUUAGAGAAACAAUUCAAGAAGUUUCCUUACAUAGGCAACGCUCAUCGUAAAGAAGUGGCCCUAUCUCUAAAUAUUCCCGAAAGAGCUGUGAAAAUCUGGUUCCAAAAUCGACGAAUGAAAGAGAAAAAAGAUGGUUCUAAUAAGGAAUUUGAUAUUUUACAAAGUAUUCCAAAGUCUUUGGAAUUCGCUAAAAGUCAAUUAAAUAAUGCGAGUGUGGUAUCAGCUAAUGAUCAACAAAUGCGAUCAUUACCAUUACUGAAUGAUGUAAACCAAUCAAGUUAUGAUAACGACAUGGUCAAAGCCAAAUUUACAAAUGAUAUGUCUGUAGUUGCAGACCCGGGAAUCAAUAAUACAAAAGUGAAAGUUGCUCCUGUAUCUCAACAUGUUGUAACAACUAAAGUGGUUCAUCCACCUCCUGUGUUUUUAAACAAUGGACAUUUGAACCAAGAUCCUAGAACACCUAGUGUCAAUCUAGAUCUAUGUAAGAAGCUUCAGACGGAGCCGUUCAAACCAUACAUCGAGCCUGCGCUAAAGAAGGAAACAAUUGAACCAAAGAAGUUUGAAUCAAUAAGUCCAAUAGAGCAGACUGCACCAGAAGACUUAUCAGCGAGUAGAAAACCUAUUUAUUCUCCAAUGAUACAACCUCCUUACACUAACGCUGGUUAUGUAUCUAUAACGCCAACGGUAUCGCCGUUUUACGCUCAACCAUACAUAUCUGCAAGUGGUGUUGUUUGGAAACCAGUCAGUGUAUUACCUGUGGUUCCUUCUCCAGCCACUCAAGGCAGUACAGUGUAUGAUAUGCCAGAUAGUACUGCGAACAGAUCAUGUAACUGUGAUUGUCAUGCUAACUCUCAAAUGUCUUACAAUUAUCCCCAACAGUCAUCUCCAAGAUACAUUAUUACUAGUAUGCCAUUUCAGAAUCCCAGCACUAAGUUCUAAAAUACAUUUACUUGUAAUGGUUUUAAUAAUACAUCUCUAGUCUGUUAUAGACGUAGUAUGUUUUUAAGGAGUGUUAUUUGUGAUUCUAAAUCCCUUGUAUAUAUUUGACUUGUAUUUUUGUGUGUAAAAGUAUGAAUAAAACCAAACUAUUUCAUUGUGUAAUUCUUUAUUUUAAAUUCAUUAAAUAUUUAUAACAAAAUCAUAACACUAAUAGGUAGUUGACACUAUAUUUCUAAUUUAUUAUACGCUAGAAAGGUCUACAUUUUCAAACACACGUAGGUUAUAUUAAUAUCUACAAAGAAAUAGGUUACAAAGACUUAAGAUAAAAUAUUGAAAAAAUAACAAGAAGCAGAAGAAA